AUGAGCUCUGUGACAGAUGUGAAAUGUGAGACACAAGACUCCGAGCAGAGAAAUGUCAGCGGCCUAAAAGAGGAAGAAGAGGGAACAUGUUCAGCAGAGAGCACAGACAGGGCGAGGAGUAUGAGCGACACUCCAUCUCUCCAGGAGCUGGAGGAGCUUUUAUACUCAGCUCCAAGCUCCUGUCGCCAUGGAGAUGAGGUGUGGCCAAACUUGUACCUGGGAGACAUGUUUAUGUCUCAUGACAAGCUUGGGCUCUGGCAGCUGGGCAUCACUCAUGUGUUGAAUGCAUCACACGGUAAACUCUGCUGUAAAGGCAACGAUGAUUUCUAUGGAACCACAGUGAAAUACUACGGAGUGCCAGCCAAUGACCUGCCGACAUUUGACCUUUCACCUUUCUUUUACCCUGCUGCUGAAUUCAUUCACCAGGCUCUGACAUCAGGAGGAAAGGUGUUGGUGCACUGCGCUGUGGGCGUGAGUCGCUCUGCCGCUCUGGUCCUAGCCUACCUGAUGAUUCAUCAUCACCUCAGUCUUCUGUCCUCUGUACGCUGUGUGCAACAGAAACGCUGGGUUUUCCCCAACAGAGGCUUCCAGCGACAGCUUAUUAGUCUAGACAGAAAACUGCAGAGCGAAGGGUUGACUGAGCCAAAAUAA